GGGAGAAGCCAUAUAAAUGCAUCGAGUGUGGAAAGACCUUUGCUCAAGGAGGUCAUCUUAUUCGCCAUAAGGUGAUCCACACACGGGAGAAGCCGUAUAAAUGCAUAUAAUGUGGGGAAACAUUUUCGCAUAGCAGUGGACUCAGUAACCACAAUAAGCUCCACACGAGAAAAGUCCUAUAAAUGCAUGGAGUGUGGAAAGACCUUUGCUGAAAAAGGUCAUCUUAUUUCCCAUAAGAGUGUCCACACAGGGGAGAAGCCGUAUAAAUGCACGGAGUGUGGAAAGACCUUUGCUCAAAGAGGUCAUCUUAUUUCCCAUAAGAGUGUCCACACAGGGGAGAAGCCGUAUAAAUGCACAGAGUGUGGAAAGACCUUUGCUCAAAGAGGUCAUCUUAUUCGCCAUAAGAUGAUCCACAGAGGGGAGAAGCGGUAUAAAUGAAUGGAGUGUGGAAAGAUCUUUGCUCGAAGGGGUAAUCUUAUUUCCAUAAAAAGAUCCACACGGGAGAAGCCGUAUAAAUGCAUGGAGUGUGGAAAAACUUUUGCUCAAAGUGGU